AUGGCGGAGGUUCCGGAAAACCAGAAGAUUGAAGAGGUUCUACCGACAAUCAUCAAUCACGACUUCGCAGCAACUGCUCAGUCUUUACUUCCAGAUCUGUCUCAUUCCAGACACGCCCCUGUGCGCAUAGUUCGCUUCGCAGACGAUGAUUCCCAAUUCUUCAACGUGAAGCCAGUCCUUGAAAGUGAGAUUGGAUUACUUUCCACUAAAUUAUGGGGCAAGGGGACCCAAUUCAUCCUAGACUUUGGUCUGCAUUUGGUGGGCCAUGUAUCUUUUCGCAUCGAGGCCGAGGGUUUGAACAUUGAUGCGCCAUGUCGCCUGAACCUCACGUUUGGGGAAUCGCCAAUCGAUGUGAUAGAAGACAUGACAGGCGUUGAUACCUGGAUCAGCACGAGCUGGCUGCCAGAUGAAGUCAUAAACAUAGAUUUUAUGCCAGAGGACGUGGCAUUGCCCCGUCGAUACGCUUUCCGGUACCUACGAGUCCGCAUUGUCGAUACUUCACCAAAAUAUAAGGUCAAGUUUUCGGAGUUCUGCUGUACUGCCGUUAGCUCAGUCGCUUCUUCGACGCAAGUUGAGCUCUAUGAUUAUCAUGACCCCCUUCUCAACACCAUCGACGAAAUAUCCAUGUUAACACUAAGGGAUUGUAUGCAAACGGUCUUUGAAGAUGGACCACGUCGAGAUCGCCGUGUCUGGAUAGGCGAUUUGCGCCUGCAAGCUCUCACCAAUUACCACACCUUGCGCGACUACAACCUUGCGAAACGCUGUUUGUACCUCUUCGCUGCAGUACCACGCUCUGACUCUUCUCUCCCAGCUUGCCUGUUUGAGAAGCCAGUGCUCAUUCCAGCUACAGAUUACAUUGUUGAUUACGACACACUUUUUGGUGUCAUUGUCUAUGAUUAUGUUGUUGCGACAGGGGACCUUGCCACUGGUCGCGAAUUGUGGCCCACUAUCCAGGGUUCUCUUCUCAAGGCCAUCUCACAUGUCGAUCCAGAAACCCAUCUCUUCGUCUCCUCAAAGACUACUGCGUGGAAGUUCUUGGACUGGGCCGAAAAUCUCGACACCUCGGCUGGGUUACACGGCCUUCUCUUGUACAGCUUGGAACGUAUAAACGCCCUUGCAUCCCUCCUUUCCAUCUCUCCACAACCCUAUACGCAACUCAUCUCACAAUUGAGAGAUGCUGCAUCGAGUUUUAUCUCACCACAUUCACAACUCUUUAUUUCUGGGCCACAUUCUCAGAUCUCCCUCGCCUCCGCCGCAUGGCUCACCCUAUCGGGGGCGUUCCCAGUAGCGACGUGUCGCAAUGCCCUUCUCGGUGCCAUGUCGCAUCCAGACACCAUCACACCUUUGACACCGUAUCUCUACCACCAUAUAGUCGAUGCGUUAGCAACUGUGUCUCUCUUCUCCGAAGCUAUAGAUCUUAUAAAGAAAUACUGGGGUGGCAUGGUUAAUGUCGGUGCCGACACUUUCUGGGAGUGUUUCGACGAGACCGAUGCCAGGCGAAGUCCAUAUGGGGAUGUUCGAAACAAUAGCUUCUGUCAUGCCUGGAGCUGUUCACCGAGUUGGCUGCUAAGAGUUAGGUUGAGUGAUCAUCUACGUGCAGAAGUCAAGGAGGGCGUGAGUAUCGAAGAGCUUGAAAGAAGGCAUGUCCAGAGGACGUCUCCAAAGAGACGGAAAAGGCGAUUUCGUGACAGCCCUGGGGGCUCGAGUGCUCUAGAGCCCCAAGCAUCGGUGCAUCUCCAUAUCCUACCCGCCAUCAACGGUGGCCCCAGAAACGGUCAUCUGGACGCAGAAUGGAAUCAGACCGGAUAUCAGCCUUCGCGGUCGUCUCAAACCCGCGACCUAACUCGGCUUGAUGAGAUACCUGAAGGUUCUGAUGCUCCAGGACACAACGCGGUGGCGGUGGCAAGCACACGACCUGCUGCCGCUCAGAGAGGCACGAUUUCCUCUUCAACAUCACGCUUACAAGCCUGUGCUGUGCCACCGACUGCUGAUGUUGUCGACGAUGUGUCUGGGGACGCAGGCAUGGCGAUCCCGCCAGCUCCAGCGGUGAGCUAUCUCGGCAAUAAUGGUAUUCUGCAGAUUUUCGCUCGAGAUUCUCACAGGAUUGCCACUAACGAUGCUGCGAACGUGUCGUCCUCAUCAACUGGUUUGGAGGAUAACCUUCCUCCACCGGAGCUACAGCAGAGUUUUGCUGAUACGUAUUUUAAUCACUGCUGGCCAUGGUGCCCUGUACUCGAUAAGGCAACAUUCUGGCAGAAUUCCGAUACAAUGCAUUCUCCCUUGCUGGUUAACGCUUUAGCACUUCUGGGCACUCAGAUUCGGCCCCCGAUCAUACAACAUGCAACAGCUGCUGAAUAUUAUAACCGAGCAAAAAUGCUCUUUUAUAUGGACCAAGACAGUAACCCUAUCGUUUGCCUCCAAGCCAUUAUGCUGUUCUACUGGUGGGCACCACGUGGACCCUCACAAGUGCAUAAAGAUGCUGCGUGGUGGUGGACUGGUAUCGCUAUCAAGUAUGCUCAGCAGGUGGGGCUUCAUCGGGAGCCCAAGAACAUACAAGACGUUGGGGGCGAAGCAAUGCAAGGACUGCGAAGAAGGAUCUGGUGGACGUUAUUCGCUCGAGAACGCUUGACUUCGAUCUGUCAAGGACGGCCUUGCACCAUCAACCCCAAAGACUGUGAUGUUCUCGAACCUACCGUUGCAGACUUCGGUCCGUCCCAUUCCACAGAUCCCCGAGCAGAGAUUUUCGUUCAUUGGGUUCGACUCUGCGCCAUUAUUGGUCGCGUAGGCCAACACUUGUCUCAUAGCCCAGAACAAGCAGCUUUUCCCGCACCUCUUGCUGAAGAACUUGUCAAGUGGACUCAGAACCUUCCCUCCCACCUAUCUCUGUCGACUAUCUUUGAUCGCGAACAAACCUUUGAUCGGGACGUACUAGCCUUACACCUGCCAUACCUCACCACCGUUACUGUUCUUCAUUUGAAUUGGUCCACACAGCAUCCAUCACAACCAUGGCCGGAAGCCUACACGGCCGCAGUGUUAUCAGCCUCUUGCGUCACUCACAUCUUCAAAACUCUUCUGGCCAGAGGCGAGAUCAAAUUCCUUGGAGCAAUCUCAUCCUGGCAUGUUGCGGUUGCGAUUGUGGCUCUGUUGUAUACACAAAGAAUUGAAGGCCUCGCUGAAAGUGGCGCCGAGGACAUCCGAGUUCUGAAAUUAACUUUGGGUGAGCUGGCGCGCAUUUGGCCCACUACAGAGAUCUUCGUAAAAGGGUUUGACAGACUGAAGGCAUUCGAAAACCUCCCAUCUGGUAAACAUGGUCAGGGAGCAACAGCGAGUGCGAUCGACCACCCUACGACUUCUUCCCCACUCUCCGACGUCGAUUGGUUUCAUGGCAUUGACUGGCGGAGCUAUUUUCCCAACGUUACGGUGCAUGUAUCUGGCAUCGCUGCCAUCCUACUGGCAGAACAACCAACUGGAUUUGUCUGGGAGGAUAUGUCCUGGUUAGCAGAUCCGGCAAUGCAUCUCCAGAACUUGUUUGAUACAUCAGAUGCUACCUUGGAUCCUUUCAUGGAGAACCUAUCUGCGCUCAACUGGUUGGGAGAGUGA